UCAACAGAGCAACGCGUAGUCGUAGUGGACGUUCGUGUACGGAACCGGCCGAAAGAGUGUUCACGUUCACAAUUUAAAGGGCAAAGGCUACCAAACAGUCCAAGAAAUAACGGUUUAAUCGACGCAGUACUUGCAUUCGGCGUGUAACGGUUGUUUUAUCAUUCAGACUAUAAACUGAUAAGCGCAACGGGUUAAUAUGGACGUACGGCUGGUUUGUUUAUGAAAUGUAGCCUAUCUUUUUCUCGUGAGCGUGGAUUUGGAACCUUGCAAAAGUUCACUUGGUAGCUCACCUGCUCUCUAUCGCCAGUGUGGAACGCGCUGUGAUGCCGAUGGUUUCAUUUGAAGAACGUCAGGCAGGUCUGAUAUUAUAACAGUAUUGUAACGUGGAAGGCUAUUUAAACCUCAUCCUCUGACAAGGCGUAAAUACAGUAAUAGCUCAGACCUAUUCAUCCUCAGGAGAGGUUGCGCCGAACAAGCAUCAGGCUAUACUGUAAAUUAACUAACCAAUCCUUCAUUCGGAGGGUUUAUCUCGUCGCCUGUCAUCCUUUCAUCUGUGAUAUUGACUGAACAGUGAGCUUCUGGGAGAUGGAUCCAGACAACCAGAACCAAAGCCAGCCCCACCCUGAGAACCCAUCUGGACUAUCAGAGGUUUUAACCCCCACUCCAGCAGCACCUCCAGGCACAGAAACGCCAACCUCUGAACCCUGCGCCAAUGCUCCUGCUCCUCAACCAUCAGUCCCAGCCCGGCCUCGACGGCCUCAGAGGACCCCCAGAGUAGAGGGCUCUGUAGACGUCUGUGAGCCCAAACCUGACCCCACAGAGGCUAACCAGGACAGAUCCACUCCUGAUGCUCCAGCUGGGGCCAGCCGUCAUAAGCCCCUGCGGCCUGGAGCAGCCAAGCCCCCUGGGGGGCCUGGAGAGCCAGUGGGGUACACUGAAACCACUCCGAAGGCUGGCCCUAAAGUCCCAGGCCACCCCCCAGGGGCCCGGAACCCCAUCUCAAUGAGGGCAGCCUCAGUGCCCCAGCCACCGUCCUCCAGGCCUAUACCUCCCCACCUCAACCCUCAUGCCCAGAGGGCCUUCUCUGUGUCGGGCACCGCGGACACACAGGCCCAGGUGGUAGAAGACUUCAGAGUGCACAUAAUCACAUGGAAUGUGGGCGGUGCCAUGCCGCCAGAUGACAUCACUGCCCUGCUGGGAUUGCACGUUGGGGAUGGAAACACAGACAUGUAUAUCAUUGGGCUACAGGAAGUCAACUCCAUGAUCAACAAAAGGCUGAAAGACGUUCUCUUCACAGACCAAUGGAGUGAUGCCUGCAUGGAGAGACUCAGCCCCUUCGGAUACAUACUGGUGACGUCCCAGCGGAUGCAGGGGGUGUUGCUGCUGGUGUUUGCUAAGUACUACCACCUCCCCUUCCUCCGAGGGGUGCAGACAGAGACCACCCGCACUGGCCUGGGGGGCUACUGGGGUAAUAAAGGGGGUGUGAGUGCGCGCAUGUCUGUGUUUGGUCACACCAUCUGUUUCCUGAACUGCCACCUGCCGGCCCACAUGGAGAACUCUGAGCAGCGCAUGGAGGACUUUGAGAGCAUCCUGCAGCAGCAGCAGUUUGAAGGCCAGGCUGCCACAGGGGUGCUCGACCACGAUGUGGUGUUCUGGUUUGGAGAUCUGAAUUUCCGCAUUGAUGACCUGGAGAUUCCGGCAGUGAAAACAGCCAUUGAUAACAACAAACUCACCAUGCUGUGGGAGAAAGACCAGCUGAACAUGGCCAAAGACAGCGAGACGGUGCUGGUGGGCUUUCUGGAGGGACCUCUCAAAUUCCCCCCCACUUACAAGUUUGAUGUGGGGACAGAUACAUAUGAUACAAGUGGGAAGAAGCGUAAGCCUGCGUGGACAGACAGGAUCCUGUGGCGUCUGAGGGCCACAGCUCCCUUUGGGCAGGCCCCUAAUGCUGGGAAGAGAGGCUCAGUGUCAGGACUGAGCAGCGGGACCAAGGUCACCCAGCACUUCUACCGCAGUCACAUGGAGUACAUGGUCAGCGACCACAAGCCUGUCUCUUCCAUCUUCACCCUCCAGUUCCCCUAUAAGGUGGACAUGCCACUGGUGACAAUCAUGGUGGAGGAUGAGUGGAACAGCAUCGCAGACGCCACGUGCACAUUCAAAGCUGCACCUAAUUUCGCACGCAGCUCCUGGGACUGGAUUGGGCUGUACAAGGUGGGAUUCAAACACCAUAAGGACUAUGUAGGCUAUGUGUGGGCCAAGCAGGAGGAGGCAGAUUACCAUAGAGUAGAACACGAGGUGACCUUUACUGAGGAAGAAUUGCCCAAGGGCUCAGGAGACUUCAUUUUGUGUUACUAUAGCAACAACAUGAGCACCCUCGUGGGCGUGACAGAGCCUUUUCAGAUCCAGCUGCCCACCUCCAGCCCCGCCGGUAGCCCCUCUGACGACAGUUCUGACUUCACCUCUGAAGACGACAGCACAGUGGUCGGUAUGAAGACCAAGUCCCGCAGUCCCAGCCCCCGGAAAAAGAAGCACAGAACACGACACAGCCAAAGCCGCAGUCCCAGCCACAGCCGUAGCCGCAGUGGCAGCCCUGCGCUGCAAGAAAUGAAGGGCCUCAAGCUGCAGCCUGGCUUGGCCCACAACACCACUGAUGGCUCUGCCUCUGGCAAUGCCCCAGAGGGUACGGAUCGGGAGAAGGCUUCAGCUGAGGCUGGAAAUACAGGGUUGUGAUGGAGUCGCUGUUAUCCUGCUCUCACAUGACCAACUAUGUGUGGUUUCUUUAUAUAUGAUGCACUGUUCUGUAUUGUAUGUUUCCUUUAUUGAAAAUGUACAUUUGCGGAUGCCAUUUGUUUCAGAACUGGGGUUAGGUUUCUGGUGCAGGAAGACUACUUUGUCUUGUGUGAUUUUUCUUAAGCGGUUUUUAAAUGUAUAUCUUCCUGUAGGUUCUCUCAUUCCUCUCUCUCUCUGUCACUCUUCCCUCUCAGGCGUAGAACAUACAGGGAGCUUUUGGCUGAUUUAAAUUUUUCCUUACAUGGCAAAUCAUUACCAAAUCCCAGGCAGAGGUAAAUGGCUACCAAAUGCAUUUCGGGUCCAUAUCAGCCGUUGUUUCACAGAUAUUUUGAAGCAGCAUAAUAUUUCCCCCUCUAUAUCAACCCUGGUGGCUUAGUCAGCAGAUCAGCAUGUGUGUGAGCAUGAGGAAAUGCUGUCUCCCGAUGAGGCAAACGAUUAGUUUGACUCCCAAAGGGAACAUUCCUCGCAAAUAGGAAUAAUCCCUAUUUGCUUUAGCAGGUCCUGUCCUACAUUUCAAUACAGCAUUGUGUCUACUGCUACAUACAUUCUCUAAGGGACCAGGUUACCAUGGACAAAACCAUUUAGUUCCACAGUAUGUGCAACCCCUUGUGAGUUGUGAGCGCACCUCUGAGCGGCAGGUCUUUGUAAAACUAUCCUGAGGCCUGACUGCAUGGGUCACUUAAAUGCCAUGAUGAAAAAAUAAGGUAAAAAAAUGGCAAUGUUCACCUUCAGGUUACUGAUGUUCCCAGUUGUCCUCUUUCCUUCCCUCCCCAUCUCUCUGUCUUUAUCUAUCUCUGUCUCUCUUAUGUCCCCUCUCUCCCUUUUUCUCUUUGGGUGAUGGUGAUUAGCAGACACUGUUCUGUCACUAGUAGUGAUGUGUUGGAUUGUUAGCGUGUGACCUCCAAUGAGCCAUCCUAAACACUUUGUACCUAUGGGCUGUUAGCUUAGGACAGUGUGUGCUGUUGUACUGUAACCUCAUUGUGUGUGUGUUCAUGUAAGUAUGCCACUAUAUGAGUGUGUUUUAUGAAAGUUUGGGUUUUCAGAAGUGAGUGUGUAUUUCUGUGUGAUUGAUAGUGAUGUGUGUAUGUGCUUGCAUGGUUUUCUGGACUGUACAUUCCGGUACUGUGAUUUUGUGCUGUUAAAAGUGCUGUUUUUGACUCCUCUUUGUAAGAUACUUAGCUGUUGAGAAGUGUUAGAAAAACGUGAUGAUGACAGUGUAAACACAACAUUAUAUGGUAGAUAUAGCUACAUAAGGAAAAUGAAAUAAUGAAUCAGUUUGCUAGCAGAACAACAAUAAAUAAUUUUAUUUUAUUCAAUUUCUUCAUCCUAUUUAAAAUAUACAAAAUACAAUGUAGAUAGUUUGAAGCUCAUCCAAGGUAAAGGAUCAGUGCUGCAUAUGUGCAAGUGAACUUGGCUUUUGUUGUUGUUGUUGUUGUUAUGUAUUGAUUAUGUGUAUCAAUCAAUAUAACUGAAUUGAUCCAAAGUACGGUUAUAGAAAAGGUGAUAAGGAAAGACUAGAUCUGAAAAUCAAGUUGAAUUGUCCUUUGCUGUUUUAGUCUUUGGCAACGUCUGGCUCCCAUACUAUACGUGCAAUGAAAAAUAUGUGAAUAGUAACUAAGAAAUGUUAUUGAAAGCUUAUAAUAUGUUUAAAAAUUGCGAGUAGGUUGUGUAUGUAAAUGACAGAUAUCAAAUAGAGAACAGAUGACAAUCAAUGCCCAAAAAGAUUAUUGUACCUAAACAUUAUGCAUUUAUUUUCUUAUUUUGUGUCAAAAGAGAGCCUGAAUUCUGCUGGCCAGUGUGGGUGAAAAAGGGUUUAAAGUUAAAGUUCUAUUGAAUUUAAUAGGCUAUAUUGUGUAUACAUAUGUUUUAUAUUUAUUUUACUUUUAUAUUUAUUCAUGCACACAACAGUUUUAUGAGGAGGCAAACAUAAACAACCUCUUUUCACUUGGUUUAUCUGUGAUUUCAGAUCAAAAGUAGGUUUUGUGCGUUGUAUUGGCUCUGCAAGCUUGUAUGUGAUUGGGAUCCGAGGAGAAUGUCUUAAAACAUCCUGGCAACAUUACAGCAACAUUGUCAGAGGCAUGAAUUGGCUAGUUGUUGAAUGUUGAUGUUGGAGGGUGAUGUGUGGACUCGUCCGCUGGGGUCAGGGGGUCAGGGCACAGAGGAAGGAACCCCUCUGCUUUCCAGCUCAACACCUCUGUCACACACACACACACACGCUGUUCAGAGAUAAAAUAAAACUCCUCUUCAAGCUGUA